CGUAUUUUAUUUUAUGAAUCUAUUUAUAUUUAGAGUUCAAUUUGAACCACGAAAUUGAGUAGGUACUACAAAUAAAAAGUCAAUUUAUAAUUCACUUACAGUUCUUAGCGAGUGCAAUACUUGAAUAACUUUACCAACGAGGCAAAAAGAUAAGAAAGUUCAAGUUCAGGGUCGCGAUUGCGUAACUUUCGAAUGCACCGCGUACUGUCACUGUCAACGUUUGACAAACGUCAGUUGGUCACUUCGUGACGUGAUAUUUGAACGUGUGUGAUCGUUUCCGCUGCGGAGCAAUUUGCAUGAAAUCGCGUUUAUUCAAUUACAAAUUAUCUUAUUACGGUCUACCGGUCGGUGGGUCGGCGAGGAUAUGGCUGACCACAGACGGACACUCUGACCCAAUGCCGCGGCUUAGAAAAAAGUUAUAAAGUCAAAUCGCGCGAAGUGAGGUUUCGUUAGUAUUGUUUUAGUAAAUAUACCAGUUUUCUGUGUGAAAAGUGUUGAACUUUUACAUUUAAAAUGAAGCAAAUGCAGAAUAAAGAAGAGGGGUCGGACGAGGAGCUCGGGUUGGGGUACCAGAAUACGUUGAUGUAUGGUCGCUACCAGCGCGACCUCAGUGAAGCCGCCAGAGAAGAAGCGAGAAGACUCAGAAGGUUACGGAAGAGGAGAAGAAAAGACGACAAAUUACGACAGAAGGAGUUAGAAGCCAGCGGGAAGCGACCGACGGGGAAAUUCUUUAAGGUUUUAGGUUCAUUAUGGCGGCACACAUUCGCCCGUCUCGGCGAAGACUGGGUGUUCCUGGCGCUCCUGGGCAUCAUAAUGGCGAUCAUCAACUUCGCAAUGGACCGCGCCAUUGCUGUCUGCAACAAUGCUCGUAUGUGGAUGUACAAGGACUUGGCAACGUCGACAUUCAGCCAGUACGUGGCGUGGGUGUCUCUGCCCAUCUGCCUCAUCCUCUUCGCUGCUGGGUUCGUCCACAUCGUCGCGGCGCAGAGUAUUGGCUCGGGUAUACCUGAGAUGAAGACGAUCCUCAGAGGAGUGCACCUCAAGGAGUACCUCACAUUUCGUGCGCUGAUCUCCAAGAUUAUUGGGCUCACUGCCACUCUUGGGUCUGGGCUACCUUUGGGUAAAGAGGGCCCGUCAGUGCAUAUAGCGUCGAUGGUGGCGAGUCUUUUAUCCAAACUGGUGACAACCUUCCAAGGCAUCUACAGCAACGAGAGCAGGACCACGGAGAUGUUGGCAGCCGCCUGCGCAGUCGGCGUCGCCUCCUGUUUCGCCGCGCCCGUUGGAGGUGUCCUGUUCUCUAUAGAAGUAACAACAACAUAUUUUGCCGUAAGGAACUACUGGCGAGGAUUCUUCGCAGCUUGCUGUGGUGCAAUUAUGUUCCGCCUGCUGUCAGUAUGGUCAGGAGCCACGCCCACGGUCAAGCCGCUGUUCCCCACCAACCUACCGCAGGACUUCCCCUUCGACCCUCAGGAGUUCGCCGUCUUUGUCUUGCUGGGCAUAGUGGCAGGUCUUCUAGCAGCGCUGUGGGUAUACCUGCAUCGUCAGUACGUGCUCUUCAUGAGGAACACCAAGGUGCUGUCGAACUUCCUGCAGAAGAAUCGAUUCAUCUACCCAGGCUUCAUGACGCUUGCCGUGAUGUCCAUCUUCUUCCCUCCGGGCAUCGGAAAGUACAUGGCCGCUGAUUUGGGUAACCAGGAACAGGUUCUAUCCCUGUUCGCCAACUUCACAUGGGGGGACCAGCUGACGGCUGAGCAAGCGGCUGUGGUGGACCACUGGCGGACCCCGGAGGUGGACCAUUUCGGCUGCCUCGUCAUAUACUUCUUCUCCAUAUACUUCCUGGCAAUGGUCUCGUGCACGCUGCCAGUCCCAGCGGGUAUCUUCGUGCCGGCCUUCAAGAUGGGCGCGUCUCUGGGUCGCUUCACCGGCGAGGUCAUGCACUACUUCUGCCCGCUCGGAGUCGCUUAUGGAGGGGUCAUACAGAAGAUUCUGCCAGGGGGGUACGCGACGGUUGGCGCGGCCGCAUUCACCGGCGCAGUGACACACACUGUCUCCACAAUAGUCAUCGUCAUCGAGAUGACUGGACAGGUAACCCAUCUUCUACCAAUAAUGGCGGCGGUUCUAGCAGCGAAUGCUGUCGCAGCACUCCUCCAGCCAUCUUGCUUCGACAGCAUCAUUCUCAUCAAAAAGCUGCCUUACCUGCCCGACCUGCUAAGCUCUGCUAGCCGUAUGUAUGAUAUAUGCGUGGAAGAUUUCAUGGUGCGUGACGUGAAGUACAUCUGGAACCGGAUGACCUUCCAGCAGCUCAAGGACCUGCUUAAGGAGAACAAGACAAUAAAGAGCUUCCCACUAGUGGACAGUCCGACUUCCAUGGUUCUGCUUGGCUCCAUACAUCGAUGGGAGUUAGUUAGAGUGAUAGAGAAACAGGUGGGUCGGUCGAGAAGACUGCAAGUGGCGGCGCAGUGGUUGCGAGACGCCGAGAGACGCAGGCAGGAGAACGAGGCCAAGAAGCGAAGACCCUCACGGUUCGAGGUGACUCCGGCGCCGGAUAUGCUGCAAGUCCCUGGCACCGGUAUGACUCGAGGAUCGUCGCUCACCACCAAAGACCAAGGAGGCCUUAUACCAUCACCAGGUCAACUCUUCCGUCCGAAGUCGAUCCUGAAGAAGACCAACUCGUUUACUCUGACCCGCGGGCUGGUGAGCCCUGGGGUUCCGCAGACGCCCCUGUCCCCCCCGCCCUCCGUGUACACAACUGUCACUGGAGCUGAAACCAGAAUCCGCGCGGCAUUUGAAGCGAUCUUCAAGAGGUCGUCUCUCCUACCAGACGUGGAGGGAGGUCUACCAGACCAGCUCGGGAGUCUGCCAAGAAGCCCAUCAAUCAAUAAGAAGGUUCAAUUGCCCCGUGAGCGCGUGUGCGACAUGUCUCCGGAAGACCAGAAGACCUGGGAGCAGCUGGAGAUGGCAAAAGAAGUGGAUUUCGAUCGCAUGCUGCAAAUAGCGAGAAGAAGGGACAAUCAACACGACGAAUCAGAGUAUGAAGAUGAGAAUCUGUACAUCUGCCACAUCGACCCCGCGCCCUUCCAACUCGUCGAGAGGACCUCGCUGCUUAAGGUCCAUUCGCUGUUCUCGACAUUGGGCGUGAAGCGAGCUUACGUCACCGCAAUAGGUCGUCUUAUCGGAGUCGUGUCUAUUAAGGAGCUCCGCAAGGCGAUAGAGGACGUGAACUCCGGCGCACUCACCCCCGCCACGCGGCCCGCGCCCCCCACCACGCCGAUGCCCAUGCUCAUCAAGGUACAAGCAUCCGAGCCAGCGCCCCCUACAGACAGCGAGACAGCAAAACUGACCACCUCAGGCGACAAAUGAUGGUCACCAUACACCAUCAGGUUUGUUGAAAUAACCAGUUACUAUGUUCAGUGAGGUUGUUGUAACAAUGAAUCCCUAUAAGUCAAGGGACACAGACCCGUACAGUCAAUAAAAAUAUUAUUAACAGGGGGUUAAAACGGCCACAUUGAAGCAAUUCAAUUGUAAGAAAGCAUGCUAACAUUUGUGGAAAUUACGCACUUAAUUAUCAAUAUUGCUUUUUAGAUGAAUUGUUUCAACGUGCCGUCGAAACCCUGAGACUUGAAAAAAAGAGUAUAAUUGAUUAAUUCCAAAUUCGAAACUUUUCGAAUGAUUAUUCUUUUUAUUUUAACAGUGUGACCAAGAACUUUGUUCCUUUGCGGAAAGUUAAAAAGGUUUUUUGUGGUUUUUAAAAUCGACCCCUUAAUUAUUUUUUGAAUCCGUUUCGUUUCGCUCGAUUUAUUAUAAUUUGUUGAUGAAACAACUAUAUAUAUUUAUUAACUAUUAUUUCCUUGCCUUCUGAGAAUAGGUAAGAUAUUUAAAAUGUUUUAUAGAAUCUAGAAAGUGAUAUGACGUAACGAAAAAAUAUGAAAGUAUUAGACCUUAAAAGAGAAUUUAAUUUUAAGUGGACAGAAAUGUAUUUAUUAAUAUAAGACGUCACAAAAGCAAAAUUAUGUGAUAAGUUAAAUAGUCACAAAUAAUACCUAGUGCUUCUUUUUUAAAUAUCCAGAAAACAAAAGGUGUAAAAAUAAAUGUUGUACAGUGAAUACAUAUUCACCCGGUAUAUUACGUAAAUAUUAGUUGUGUGAGAUAAUCUGCCAGAUAAAUUAUGGAUAGGCAAUCAGACAGUUAUCAGCAUGUUGUGUAAGACCUUCUAUGUAAACCAGUGAACUAUAUCACUGCACUGCACUCAUCUAACAAAGCAUAAUGUAAAUGUUUUCCGCGUUGAUGUAUAUAAUUUUUAAUAUUAAGUUAAAAUCUGUUAUUUUUUAUAUUUUUCAUGUUACAAAACAAUUUUAAAAUAUCGAUAUUAUUUUAUAUUUUUAUAGUUGAAUUUUAAAUGAGUUUUGGCACAUUUUUCUUUUUUUUUUGGUAACUUUGUAAAUGUAAUUCUGUAUUACUGUACUGGGAUGAAAAUCUGACAUACAGUUAGGUAUAGAUUUUAUUUUAGAUACAUAAAUAUAACAUAAAUUAUUAUGGAUCCCCUUAAAUUGAUAUCAAAGAUACUUACUAUAAUUUUGUGUAUAAUUUUUAUAUAAAAGUAUUUAUUGAACCUGGUGCUUUUCGAGCAAUAACACAAAAAAAAUUGCUUUAAAUAUUUAAUUAUCGUGAUAAUAAUGUGUUUUAAAAAAGUUUUUACAUUGUCUGUUAAAAGGACCUUCUGAAAAACAAAAGCGUUAAAAAAAUUAGGUUUGUGAUUUCGUUAUGAAAUUUUGCAAUAAUAAAGUAAAUUGUCACAAAUGGCAACACUUAUAAUUUUAGGAUUACGUGUUAAAAUAUCUAAUGUUGUCAAUUUAAAAACAUGUUUUUUUUUCUUUUUUAUUAAAUCGGUUUGACUUUGAAGUCACAAAUAUUGUAUUUUUAAAAUAUUUAUAAUACUGUACUAGGCCAAAAUUAUGUAACCAAGGCUUGUGAGUAUCUAAAUCAUUCCAAAAGUGUUAUUAGAUGCAUUAUUAGAUGUUAAGACGUAAUUUAAGAUAGCUAUUUUAUUUGUUUAGGUUGGGCUAUCGAUAUGUGUCGCCAUGUAGCACAAUAUUAUUAAAAAAACAAUAUAAAUAGUAAAAGUGGCAAGUGGCAACACUAGGUUUUUUUUUCUUUUUACUCAAAAGACCAAAUUCAUAUUUUUGCUUUUUUAAGAACCAUUCAAACACGUCUAACAUAAUGUAAUAUGCUCAAUAAUGUAAACGAAGCAAAUUAGAAAAAGUAAGUUUAAAAAGAAUGAAAAUUAAACCGAGGUUCCUCUUUCCGAAAAAUAAUCAAAAAAGCGAAAAAAACGUAUUGCAACUUGUCUUGUGCUAUUUUUGACAUAUUGUAUUAAAUGGCGCCAUACUUUCAGCGGAUAAAAGCCCUUAGUUAGUCAUAAAAGUAGUCAAUUAACAUUGUCCAAUUUUUCAAAUAUCUUCCGUUUUUUUAAAAAAAAAAACAAAAUGCCUGUUUACGAGUUAUUAAAUGAAAAAUAUAUUUUCUGUAAUAUUAUAGUGCCAUUUCUUUUAGAAAUAAUAUUUUGGUUGUUUUAUAAAAAACACUUUUGAGUAACCUAAUAUUAUAUUUUUUUUAAAUUACAUUUUUAUUUCCGUCCUAGAUAAAAAGAAAAAUGUUUAUAUUGACUUUUUUAACAGAUGACGGCCUUCAUCCGUCUUACGCAUUUUGUUUACUUACUUUCUUUAUUUUUUUUUUAAUAAAUUGGACACUAGUAUCCUGAUUUUCUGUGAUGUAUAAAUUAUUAUAAUUAUUUGUUUAGUAAAUAAUUAAUACACCUUUAAUAAUAAUAUAUUAAUUAUAAGAUUAUUUGAAAAGUAGACGAUUUGAACUUGUGUUUGGAAAUAAUUGUGUUACGUAAAGAAGUGUUAUGUUCUGGUUAGUUUUUAAUGACCAUAAAUCAUUAUUUUUAAUUUUAUUUUGCACAGUUUAACAUCCAAAAGUCAGCCACUCCAUAGUCCUGAAAGUCCGGAUUUUUUUGAAAUGACAUACAAAAUAAUAAUAAUAAUCUUUGUUGACUAAAAGAAGUUACACAAGGUUUGGGUUUGACAGUUUACUUUCUAUUUUUUCUUCUAUUUUUGGAAAACGCACAAACAUACUCAAACCCACACGUAAUAGCUAUUAGGGCCGGAGAGGAACAUACGUUUAAAACUCUAGUGGGCCUAACAGACAUAGUUUUUCGCAUUCGGAUUCAUACGUUAAAGCGAAUGAUACAAACUAUAUAAAUAAAAAUAUUUCGAUUUGAUGUAAGCUUACGAAUUGUCACGCGAGACGUUAUUCACUCUUGAUAAUCACGUAUAUUUCCGUUCGUGUAGCUUUGUUUCGUUGGCUAAGCGUUGCUUUCACGAAAGCUAAUGCAUCUUGGUUAGGCCCCCUUUAUAGAAAUAGCCACAACAUGGAGCUCGCAUAAUGCGCGCGAUAUAUGUAGGAUAUAAUUGGUUAGUUAGUAAGUACUUAUACCAAUACAUUUGGUUUCUUGUUAAAUGUACCAAAAUAAUUGAUUCAAUGGUAAAUGUACCAAUAUACUUGUCUCAUUGGAUAAUGUACCAAUAUAAUUGGUUCAUUGGUAAAUGUACCAAUAUAAUUGCUUCAUUGGAAAAUGUACCAAUAUAAUUGCUUCAUUGGAAAAUGUACCAAUAUAAUUGGUCCAAUGGUAAAUGUACCAAUAUAAUUGCUUCAUUGGAAAAUGUACCAAUAUAAUUGGUCCAAUGGUAAAUGUACCAAUGUAAUUGUUGAUAUGCGGGCUUCAUGCUAGGAGCCUACGAUGAAGUGCCUAGAAAGUAUUGUAGUAAAUAUAGACGCUUGCAUGUGUAGUGAUAAGAGAUAACUAUUUAUAUUGUCUGCGGUCUGUUGACGCAUUUGUGAUCUGUUGCUUUGUAUAGUAAACGAUGUUGUGCCGAUUAA